GGCCCCGCUCCCUCGGCUGGGCCCCCUCCCCCGGCCGGAGAGGGGCAGGUUCCCAGGCCGGGCAGGCCAAGCCAGGGACAGGCUGAUCGGGGCUGCGGCGCGCGCCUCCUCUCCCCCAUCAACGACAUUGUCCUCCCACCAUCCCUCCAGCUUGGCCUCAUCUCCCCCACCUCCCACCCUUGCUCUUUUCUCAUCUCCCCCACCUCCCACCCUUGCUCUUUUCUCAUCUCCCGGCAUCCUCUUCUCUGAUCCCCCAUCAUCCUCCCCCCUGAACCCCCAUCUCUGACCUCCCCCCCAGCCCCUCAUCUCUAAAAGCUUCAUUCCCCCGGUCUGAUCCUCCACCAUCCCCUCCCCUGAACUCCCAUCUCUGGCUUCCCCCCAUUCCCCCACCUCCAAAAUCCCCCCCAACUGAUUCCCCCAUCACCCUCUUAUCUGAACCCUAUCUCUGACACCCCCUUUCUCUGCUCCCCAAUUUCAUCAUCUCCAAAAGCCCCAUCCCUCUGGUGUGAUCUUCCUCUAAUUCCCCAUCACCCUCCUCUCUGAUCCCCCAUCUCUGACCCCCCAUUCCCAUCCCUCCCCCAUCACCCUCCCCUCUGAACCCCCAUCUCUGACUCCCCCUCCCCAUUCCCUCAGCUCUAAAAUCCCCAGCCCCCCCAUCCUGUGUGGUCCUGCCUCUUGCCCCCCCCGUUGCCCCCAUGGAGUUCGUCAAAUGCUUGGGUCACCCCGAGGAGCUCUACAACCUGCUGAAGUUCAAGAUGGGGGGCUGCAAGACCGUGCUGUCCAAGCUGGACCAGGACUCACUCAGCGACAGCAUGAAAACCUGCUACAAGUACCUGAACGAGACCAGCCGCAGCUUCGCCGCCGUCAUCCAGGCCCUGGACGGGGAGCUGCGCCACGCCGUGUGCAUCUUCUACCUGGUCCUCCGUGCGCUGGACACCGUGGAAGAUGACAUGACCAUCAGUUUGGAGACCAAGGUUCCCAUGCUAGUCAAUUUCCACUCCUUUCUUGAUCAGCCCGACUGGAGGUUUCUGGAGAGCAAGGAGAAAGACCGCCAAGUCCUGGAGGAUUUCCCCACGAUAUCCCUAGAGUUCCGGAAGCUCUCCGAGAAGUACCGGGCUGUGAUCGCGGACACUUGCCACGAGAUGGGAGUCGGGAUGGCCGAGUUCCUGGAGAAGAAGGUGGACUCCCAGCAGGACUGGGACAAGUACUGCCACUAUGUUGCUGGGUUGGUGGGAAUCGGCCUCUCGCGCCUCUUCUCCGCGUCCGAGAUGGAGGACCCCAUCGUGGGCGAGGACACCCAGGUGGCCAACUCCAUGGGCCUCUUCCUGCAGAAGACCAACAUCAUCCGGGACUACCUGGAGGACCAGCUGGAGGGCAGGGAGUUCUGGCCUCGAGAGGUGUGGAGCCGCUACGCCAAGCAACUGUCGGAUUUCGCCAACCCUGAGAACGUGGACCUGGCCGUGCAGUGUCUGAACGAACUUGUAACCAACGCCCUGCACCAUGUCCCCGAUGUCCUCACCUACCUGUCCCGUCUGAGGAACCAGAGCAUCUUUAACUUCUGCGCCAUCCCCCAGGUCAUGGCCAUCGCCACCCUGGCCGCCUGCUACAACAACCAGCAGGUGUUCCGGCGGGUAGUGAAGAUCCGUAAGGGGCAGGCCGUCACCCUGAUGAUGGGGGCCACCAGCCUGCCAGCUGUCCAGGCCAUCAUGGGCCAGUACCUGGAAGAGAUCCAGCGGCAGAUCCCCAGCUCGGACCCAUCCUCCAGCAAGACAGAGAAGAUCGUCUCCUGCGCCCUCACGCUCAGCCUGCCCGGCGGCCGCCUGACCAGUCGUGCCCACUACUCCCCGAUCUACCUCUCCUGUGCCAUGGUCCUGGUGGCCCUCAGCUGGCAGUACCUCAGCAGCCUGGCCCAGGGCCCAGAGGAUUGUCUGCGGACUGGAGAGAACUGAGGGCCCAGGCCCGCUGCCCCAGAGGACUCUUGCGAGGGGACCGCUGGCCAACGUGGCCACCCUGGACAAUGAGCUCAUACCUGGCCUGUGAGGAGGAGACCGUCACACUCGUCUCCAAAGGCCGAGCCCGGCGCAGGAUCCCGCACCCCCAGCUGAAAUUAAAUGUAUUUAACAGAC